AUGUGCCAGGGCAGGCGCAGUGGCCGGCAAGGAUCAUACGCGCUAAGAAAGCUUUCGGACGCAGAGGACAGUAAGGAGGAAAUGCUUUUCGACCUAUCUGCCCAGAACAACGUUGACCAGCCAAAUACACGGCCCAUUGAACGGUGCCUUGUCUGGGGCAGCAGGACACUGCGGAUGCUGAUCGACAUGGGUUCAUCAGUUAGCGUGAUUUUAGAAAAGGUCUUCAGGAAAAACCGUAAGUGGUGGCCAAGAAUAGAAAAAACGCCACUUCGGCUAUCCUGCUUCCUCGGUCCUCUUCCAGUGGUUGGCAGAGUCGUCAUGAGCGUCGAAUACGACAAGACACGAGUGAAUAGUUCGCUUGUGGUAGUGGAUUGUGACGGUCCACUACUGUGCGGCCGAAACAUCAAUCAGGCUUGCCGUGAAGCGGGCGUGUCACUUUUAGGAGAAAGGGCUCUUCCGAGUGUUUACGCGCGUCAGGCGGAAGUUGACUUAAAAGGGCUGCUGGAAGAGCUCACAGACUUAUUUCAAGAUCGGCUCGGCUGUUACAAAGAUCCGCCUGUCAAGCUGUACAAGAAAGAAGGGGCCGUGCCUCGGUUUUCGAAGGCCCGCCCGGUGCCCGUCGCGCUUCGCAAAGCAGUCUCAGCAGAAAUCGACCACCUCGUGCAGCAAGGUGUGCUAACUUCGGUGAGCGUUUCCGAAUGGGCUGCUCCCGUCGUACCAGUGGUGAAGAUAAGUGGAGCCUUCAGAUUGUGCGGUGACUUUAAGCUCACCGUGAAUCAGGCCACUCACCUGGAACAAUACCCUUUGCCUAAGGUGGAUGAUAUUUUUGCCGCGCUUUACGGGAGAGAAGUCUUCACUAAACUGGAUUUGAGCAAUGCCCAUAACCAGCUCCCGCUUGAUGAAGAAGCGAAGAUGAUGACUGUCAUCAAUACGCACCUGGGCUUGUACUCGUACAACCGACUAGCCUUUGGCAUCUCGUCAGCUCCCGCAUUGUUCCAGUGGCGCAAUGAGUCAUUAUUCUGGAAUUUUCCAAAAGUACUUGUAUACCUAGACGACGUCAUAAUCGCCGAGAAAGAAGGGGACACUGCCACACUUCGACAAGUUUUUCAGAGACUUCGCGACAAUGGCCUCCAACUGAACAAAGCCAAAUGUCGGUUCCGUGAAAAAGAAGUGCAGUUUCUGGGCCACAAAAUUGAUGCAACCAGCCUUCACCCACUGCGGGACAACCUCGAAGCCGUAACAGCUGCUCGAACGCCAGCAUCGGCACGAGUUCCAGUGGAGGUGUCCAGCCGGGACGCGGCUACGGUGGCAGUGCCUACCUUUCAAGUAGCCGCCCUGUCUGCCGUGCGAGCAACGCGGAGCUGUCAGACUACGGGCACGAGAUUCAGCGGAGGUGUCCGGCCGGAACGCGGCUACGGUGAUGGUGUUCACCCUUCAAGCAGCCGCGUGAUCUACCAUGCGGACAACGUGAUCCAGCUCGAGAAGAGCCUACGAGCUGUGGUGAGAGCAGCCUCGUUCCUUGUGUUCGUGUUAAGAUGA